CAGCAUGAAGAGCACUUUACUCUACACCUUCAGGCACCUGCAUGCCAAGAGACGGGGGCAAGAUGCGCAGAUGCUGCAAGCCAAAGGACAAGGUUUGUGGAGGCUUGUCAACAGUUCAGGAAUAUCAACAUUUGGCCAGACAGGGUGGCUGUCUGUGGAGAAAUAUGAAGAAUUUCCAGAUGUGAAUCUCCUUGGGAGCAUCAGGACAAUCCUGGCGUUUCUCUCCCUUCUAAAGAAAUACAAGGGAAACGGCAUUUAUUUUGUGACCAAGGCAGCUACUGAGAAAUUUUGUGAUGCUCUGAGACUGGAAAUGAAGAAGUUUGGUGUCCAGGCCUGUAUUAUUCAGCUGGGAAAUUAUGCACGCUCUACAAUAAUUCAGCCACCAGUCAGUGCCAAAGAGAUUUGGAAUGAACUCAGUGAAGAGAGAAAGGCAGUUUACAAUAAGGAGUAUGUUCAGGAGCAGGCAACCUUUUUCAACAGCAUACUCAGCGAAGGAAGCACUAAUGGCAGCGAGGCUGUAGAUGCUAUGGUAGAUGCUUUAACAUCUCCUGCACCCAAGGCACGUCACAUAGUAGCAAAGCUGAAGGAAAAAGCAUUGGUGUUUGUGUGCACUUUAUUCCCAACUGUUGUGAUGGAUUCCAUUUUGUCUUAUGCUCCGAGUAAAGUAAGAUUUGCGUAGCCUACAUUGGGACCGUUCAGUGACUUGGGCUGAGCAGUUUUUUAAACUGUGAAAGCCAGGGCUCAAUCUAAGGCCCCCAGAAAUACCGAGUUCCUGUGUUAGAGAUAAUGGAGACAAAAUGGAGCAUAUCCCACAGAGCAACUGCACACCUAAAUCAUCAUAGCAGAGAUGAACAUACUUUCCUUGUAGGAACCCACGUAGUAAUUUAUUAGGGAUUAUGGGAGGAGAUUAAUGGAGAAUUUAAGUAUGAGCAGUAGACCUUGAAAUACGUUGAAUGGAGUUAAGUGGCUGCAGAAAGUCAGUAAGAGUUGAAUAAUAAAGUUGUAAUAUGGAAACAGUGUCUUGGCUAAUUACGGUUUAGCUCUUUUUCAGGUGUUCUGGAUA